AUGGCCGGGCCGGCCUGGCCUGCCCUCGCCGGAAAGGCGGGCAAGGCAGCGGGAGUGGGUGACGCUGUGGGUGCGCACAUCAUCCAAACGCCGCGAUAUGUGCUGGACAAGGCCGAUGUGGUGUUUUCGGGCAUUCAGCCGACGGGCGUGCUGCAUCUGGGCAAUUAUCUUGGGGCGGUGGCGACGUGGCUCCGGCUGCAGGAGCAGAUCGGCGCCGAGGCAGCUGUGGGGGUGAAGGCCGGGGUCCAGGCGCCGAUGGUGGUCUCUGUUGUCGACUCGCACGCCAUGACGACGCUGGCGGGCUCGGGAGUGGCGCUGGCCGAGUGCUCGAGGGCGACGGCAGCAUCGCUCCUUGCCGCUGGUAUUGAUCCGGACCGCACCGUGCUGUACGUCCAGUCGGAGGUUCAGGAGCACACCACGCUCGCGUGGAUGCUCGGUGCGGUGACGCCCGAGGCCUGGCUGCGGCGAAUGACGCAGUACAAGGACAAGACGGCGGCCGGGGCAGCAUCGGCGCUCGGCCUCUUCUCCUACCCGGUUCUCCAAGCUGCGGACAUUCUUCUGUACGGUGCCAACCUGGUGCCUGUCGGGCACGACCAGGUCCAGCACAUCGAGCUCGCCCGCGACAUCGCGGCCAAGUUCAACGCUGCGUUUGGGACCAAGCUUGCGCCGCCGCGGGUCCUGCUCAACCCGCGCGCGCCGCGCAUCAUGUCGCUCCACGAUGGCACAGUCAAGAUGUCCAAGUCGCACCCGCUCGAGCGGUCGCGCAUCACUCUGGAGGACACCCGCGACUCGAUCGCAGCCAAGAUCCGUCGCGCCGCCACCGACUCGAUCGUCGGCAUGUCGUACGACGAGGAGGCCCGACCCAACGUUUCGGCUCUGCUCCGGCUCUACGCCGCGCUCACCGGUGACGAGCUCGAGGAUGCGGUGGGCAAAGUGGCAGACUUCAACGCGUCGCAGUUUAAGGAGGCGCUCACGGCUGCAGCCAUCGAGGUUGUCGAGCCCAUUGCGCUCGAGCGCGAGCGGCUGCUGGCCGAUCCUGCCCACAUCGACAAGGUGCUGGCCGACGGCGCGGCGCGGGCCCGGAGCAUGGCGCAGCCGCGGCUCGAUGCGCUCCGGCAGGCCAUGCUUCAGCUCUGA